CCCUGCCCGGUGCUCAGCGUCUGUUAGCCGGUCUCUCCCGGGGCAGACUGCCUCCCCUGCCCGGUGCUCAGCAGGAAAUAAGAAGUCUCUCCAGAAACAGAAGCGGAGAAAUGCCCCCAAAAAAGAAAGCGCAGGUCAAAGGACCGCCUGGCGCCCGCGGAGCAGCAGCUUCCUGUCCGGUGGGAGGAGACCAAAGCGGAGCUUCUAGUCCGGUGGGAGGAGACCAAAGCGGAGCUUCUAGUCCGGUGGGAGGAGACCAAAGCGGAGCUGUCACCAUAACGGUGCACGCCAAGCCCGGCUCCAAGCACAGCGCCAUCACAGAGGUCUCUGCGGAGGCGGUGGGCGUUGCCAUAGCAGCGCCUCCGACAGACGGAGAGGCGAACACGGAGCUCAUCCGCUUCCUGGCUCAGGUUCUGGACCUGAAGAAAAGUCGCAUAUCUCUGGACAAG